CUAACUAAUCCACUAGAGCAUUUCCCUUAUGAUAUAAUUAAUGUAACAUUACACUAACAUCAUCAGUGUUCAAUGUUUUGUGCUUCCUUCAAGUAUAUAAAUGUGUGCAACUUCCUUGAUACUAUAACAUAGUCGAAUUAAGCAUCACUCUCAAUAAGUUGAACAACAAAAAAGAAUGAAGGUGAGUUCAGUUGAGGCGGGUGAAGUACCAAAAGGUGUUGUUUCCCCAAGCAAAAGGGUGAAGAGAGUGAUGUCAGUAAUAGAUUUCAUUCUGAGAAUUGUUGCAGCCAUUUCCGCACUUGGAAGUGCAUUGAGUAUGGGAACAGCAAGGGAAACACUUCCAUUUAGGACUCAGUUUGUUAAAUUCAGAGCAGUAUUUGAAGACCUUCCCACCUUUAUGUUCUUUGUGAUGUCCAACUCUAUUGUAUGUGCCUACUUGGUUCUUUCACUUGCCCUGUCAUUCUUCCACAUACUGAGAAGUACUGCAGUGAAAAGUAGGAUUCUCAUGGUGCUUCUUGACACGAUUAUGUAUGGCCUUCUCACAGCCGGAGCCGCGGCAGCGGCGGCUAUAGUAUUCCUAGCCCACCGUGGCAAUCCAAGUGCCAACUGGUUCCCUAUCUGCCAGCAAUACAACUACUUCUGCAAGCGAAUUUCCGGUUCAGUGAUCGGCUCUUUCUUCGCGGUGGUUCUGUUCAUGAUUCUUAUUCUCAUGUCAUCAAUAUCUAUAAGCAAGCACUGAUUUCUAUAUCUAUAUAUUAAGAGUAGUUGUGAAAUUGGUUUGUUUUAAGAGUUCUGAUAUGAAUAUCAAUGUUUUUGCCUAGCUAGGCAUGCAUGCUCUCAUGUAUGAAACUUAACAAGUGUAAAAUCUGUGUGUGGUUAUGAUUUAUGAGAUUUCAAUAACAAUGUUUUCUUUUGACAUAGAAUUCAGCAGUGUCAUUACACAAUUUCUGCAUUUUAUAUUACUUUUACUUUAAAAUGUUGCAUA